CAGCUCGAGUCCACUAAAAUCAAAAUGGCAGCGCCCAGUCAACCACAUGUGAAGAGACCCGGCAUAGGCGUUGGAGUUUUUGUAACAAGCGAUGCACAUCCAAAUUGUGUUGUACUCGGGAAGCGUAAAGGAUCAACUGGCAGUGGGACAUUCGCCCUUCCUGGUGGCCAUCUAGAAUUCGGAGAAGAAUGGAUAGAUUGUGCCAAGAGAGAAACAGAAGAAGAAACAGGGCUGCGUCUCAAGAACGUUGUCUUCUCAACUGUCGUCAACGCGGUGUGCAUAGAGAAAGACUACCAUUAUGUCACUAUCUUUAUGAGGGGCGAGGUGGAUGCAGAUUUUAAGAAGGAUCCAGAAAAUACGGAGCCUAAUAAAUGUGAAGGUUGGGAAUGGAGAGACUGGAACAACUUCCCUCCUGGUGAAGAACUCUUUUGGGCUCUAAAGGUUGCUAGGGAAGAAGGACACAAUCCAUUCUCAUAAAGGAUACAAGGCGGCAUAACAAGAAAGGAGCGUUCCAUGAUGUGCGUCAUGUGUGUGUAACAAGGUGUAUGAAAUAAGAUGUCCUGAAAUAAAUUCAAUCUAU